AUGCCGAGUCAUCUCGUCAAGCUCAACGAUGGCACUUACAUGCCCAAGAUCGCUUUCGGUACAUGGAGACGCGGGAACGGGCAGGGUGCCAUCGACAUCGUGAACGAAGCCCUGAGCGCCGGGUUCACCCAUAUAGACUCUGCGCAAGCAUACGGGAACGAGGCCGAAGCCGGCGCGGCGAUCCGCGCAAAUGGACUGAAACGCGAAGACGUGUACAUCACUACGAAGUUCUCCAGCCGCGCGGAUCUCGAAACGUCUUUAAAAAACAGCUGCGAAUAUUUCGGUGUAGACUAUGUCGAUAUGUAUCUCAUCCACGGCCCCAAGCAUGCGCAACCGGAUAUUCCGACGAUCUGGAAGAAAAUGGAGGAAAUCCAAGCAGACGGGCUGGCAAAGAGUAUCGGCGUGAGCAACUUUAACGUCGAACAGCUCGAGACGCUCCUUUCCUCGGCUACGACCAAACCAGCGGUUAAUCAGAUCAUGUUCUACCCGUACAACCUCAAACAGCAGGCACCCAUUCUUAGUUUCUGCACUAAGCACGGAAUAGUCACUCAGGGAUAUGGUGUGAACAUACCGCUCAUCAUUUUUUCCGGCGGGCCAGUUGAUGAGCCACUGUAUGCCAUCACGCAGCGUUUGAAUGCGAAACCGGAGCAGGUGUUGCUCGCGUGGGCGAGGGCGAAGGGCGUGGUUGUCGUGACCUCUAGCACGAAGCGCGAGCGCAUGGACACAUAUAUACAAGCUGGAGAUAUCGAGCUGACCGAUGAGGACGUGGCUGCAAUCGACAAAGCUGGAGAGGCGGGACCUCCAGAGCUGCAGCAUAGUUGAUUGACCUGCACGGGGUGAGAUCUUCCAUUCCAACUAAUGAUAAUCAUGUCCUUGCAAUACGUUCUUUGUGGAUCUGAGUUGGCGCUCGUGGCCUGUUCUACGCAUAUCAGAACAGUCCAGAAUUGCUUCGACAGGGCUCUGUGGUAUAACAUAGCCACCAGAAUCGAAACUUGCUUACUUGCAUGAGCUUUUUUCGCCUUCUUUGCUCGGUGUAAUUGUCUUAUUGCCGUACAU